UUAUCUUCGGUUUAAACCGGCAUCUGCAGUUCAUUCCUACACGAGUCCCUUCAACAGUUGUUUUAUUGUUUCAGAUUCCAGCAUCUGCAGUCUCUUGUGUCUCCACGGAGAGGAAAGUGGUUUUAGGACGUUAAUCGCUCAUUGCCUAUGCAACACUCAGACAUAGACUUUUCCCACCAUCUGUUGUGAACAUUACUGUAAAUGUGCGAAUGAUACGGUUUCUUGUUCGCUUUAACAAGACAUGGGCAAAUGCUGUUUUAAGUACACCAGCUAAAAAAUUGACACGGAGGGAGUGGUAUAGUUUUACUCCAGUAAAAUCUCAGCACUUUCCUGGACAGUGGGUUUCCACGGACAAUAUCCCUGAAUUAGGCAUGAUGUCAGUCCAGAACCCUGAAGAGGUCAUUGAUCUUGACUUGCCUCCUGCAGCAGUCCGUGGCAUGACUCAGCUAAACAGGGACUUGUUUCAGAAAACUGUUGCACUUCCAGCUCUUAAAGUAAGAAAGGAAUUAAUAAACAAAGUCAUGAAACCAUUGAGAAAUGUAGCAAUAAAAAGACCGGGACUGAAGCGUGUAAUUGAAGAUUCAGAAGAUGAAAUUUACAGACUAAUUUUGUUGGACCCAGACAAAAUAUCUUGCUUGGAAUCUUUUGGAGCUUCGGAGAGAGCUGUUUUAAAGGAAUAUAAUGUCGAUCUUCAGGUUCGCAAGCACAAUUUAAUAAUGACAUACGAACAUUUCAAAUCUGAAGAGAUUCUGAAGGCAGUUUUGCCGGUCGGACAAGACGUAACCACUGGAUUUAGCAGAAUCGGCCACAUUGCCCACAUGAAUCUUCGAGAUCAUCAGCUUCCAUACAAGCAUUUGAUUGGUCAAGUUAUAAUGGAUAAGAAUCCUGGAAUAACUUCAGUAGUUAAUAAACUUAAUAUUAUUGACAACACUUACCGUAAUUUCCAGAUGGAAAUACUAGCUGGGGAAGACAAUAUGAUAGCAACGGUCAAGGAGAACAACAUAAUGUAUGAAUUUGAUUUUUCCAAAGUGUAUUGGAAUCCUCGGCUCAGCACUGAACAUGGUCGAAUAGUUGAUCUUCUAAAAGCUGGAGAUGUAGUGUAUGAUGUUUUUGCUGGCGUUGGACCUUUUGCUAUUCCAGCAGCAAAGAAGAAUUGCAAAGUAAUGGCAAAUGAUCUUAACCCAGAGUCUUAUAAAUGGUUGGUCCAUAACUGCAAGGUGAACAAAGUAAAUGAAAAAGUACAGACAUUUAAUCUGGAUGGCAGGGACUUUAUCAUGGGCCCGCUGAAAGAUGAUUUAGCAAAACAAACUGAAGCAAUUGCUUUGAACAGAACAUCUAUUCAUAUCAUUAUGAAUCUGCCUGGUAUGGCUAUUGAGUUCCUGGAUGCCUUCAGACAACUAUUGGAGGAGCCGUGCACAGCUAAUGCAUUACCCACUGUCCAUUGCUACAGUUUCUCCAAGUGUGAUGAACCUGCCAAAGAUGUUCAGAGAAGUGCGGAACAUUUCUUAAAAACCUCCUUAGAAGAACAUUUCUCUGUCCAUUUAGUUCGUAAUGUGGCCCCAAACAAGGAAAUGAUGUGUAUCAGUUUUAAGAUCCCUGUUAAAGUAUUAUGCAGAAAUCUUAUGGUAAAAGACAAUACUGAGGAGCCAGCUCCAAAACGCCUUCGGUCUGAAGACGCUACUGUUGCAGUGGACUACAGUGACUUGUGAUAAACGAGCAGCUUCAUUUUUAGCUGUUAAGAAACUGAAUACAGUGCAAUUUAAUUGCCAGUCAGUGAAAGGAAUCUAAGAAUGUUUGCAUCAUUUCCUGGUCUCCCUUCUGGUCGUGACUUGCUUCUAUAAACAGCCAGUGAUUUGUUAUAAUGGGGAUUGGAGUCCUCUCAAGGGCUCACUUUACUUGCUCGCUAUGAUGGUUUUUCCACUGUGAAUAUUGAAUUCUGUCAUAUUAAUAAGUAACCAAUGGAAAAUCUUGACUCAAACAGCACCAUUAGAACUGCAAAUAAAACUUUCACAAAAUUGCA